CCAUUUUCUUUCUCACGCUUCAUUCCAAACCCUAAAUCAUUCUUUCAGCCGCUUCACUCUACAUCUAGUUCAAAUCAAACUUGGAUCCAUGGAUUAUUUUAAAUGAAGAAUCUAACUGAUGUUGGUAAUCGUAUUCAAAGAUUUUCUUUUUCUUUUGCCGAAAUAUCCAUUGAUUCUUCUUCCGUCGUCGGCGCCGCUCUCCGGCCUUGUGGAUACGCCUCUUGUGAGCCAACAAGAAGGAAACAUCGAAUCGCUGGUUAAAUCCAUGUAUGAAGGUAUUAGUGUUUGGAUUUGUUGUAAUGAUGUGUUUUUGUUUGACCUAAUUUUAGUUUAUGCGAUUGUUGAUUGAGUAUGAUUAUGAUUAGAGUAGCUCGACCUGUUAACGUUGCGAAUGUUUAUGAAUUAUAUGUUACAAUUUUUAAUGUGUGAUAAUUAUUUGAUAAAUUUGAAGCAUUGUGGUUACUGUGUUAGGAGUUCUAUGCAAUUGUAUGUUAAUAGUUGUUGAUAUUGAGUAUAUAGAGAUAAAGAGGGUUUUUUUAUGCUGGUUAAUGUGUUAGCCUAAUAUAAUUUACCUUUGACUAUUAGAAUCUAUUUUUCAUCCAGCUUACAUCAGAAUUAUACUCUAUAUUCGAUUUGAAUUCAUUAUACUGCCUAUGGCAUUUGCCAAAUUUUUUUGUAUCCGAUUUUCAUAACUAUUGUAUGCUAAUAAAAUAAAAAGACAUGUUUUGAAAUAUUGUUUUGUUUUAUAAUUGUUUUGCUGGAAUCUCGGUUCAUAAUUUCAAUUUUAGUCUGUUGGAUGAUGAUUUGAUGAGUUUAAAGGCUGUGAUGAUCAACUUGAAUGCGUCUGAGUGAAAUUGGGCAAAGAUGAGAUCGUCCGCAUCUUGGCAGGGCAACCCGGAUGGUCAUGUGGUUUCACAUGACAAACCGUAAGUAUGCAGCCAUGGCGGAUUUAUCCACUCUGUUUGAUUGUUUACAAAUCUGAGCCUCAUAAUCGUUUUGUAACAUCGACAACAGUACUGGUAUACAUCUGUUAUUUGAGAUGACGAUGGCGGAGCUGUGGCGUCGUCUUCUCAGUGUCGUUGAUUGGUCUACCCCUACCUACAAAACAGAAGACAAGGAAUCCGGUGAGACAACGCAAACUAGGGCUCGGUUUUUCCUUCAACAACAUGUAUCUCGGGUCAGGGAUUCUCAUUAAACGGAAAUUUGUCACAGAGAUUUGAAGCUUGAGAACACUCUCUUAUCUGCAUGGUUUUGUCUGUUCGUGCCGAUGAUCAAAAACCCGUUUGCCUAAUUCGCCAUGGCGGCUUCUUCAGGUAUGAAUUUCUUGAUUUAACUAUGGCUUAGCAGCAAGAUUGACCCUACAUUUUAGGCUUUCAAAGCAGCAGAUUCCCCAAAUUCAAGGUCAAGUAGAUCUUGAAUCCGCCGGGAAAGUUUGAUGUGAAGUAUGGUAAAUACGCUGGUAUAUUCGGGCUGUUAUAUGUAGGUAUUGACAGCGGGAUGAUUGAUGAUUGCAGCUGAUCAUUAGAGCUCAUUGUAUAAGUGCUUUUUUUUAUUUUGCAAUGUUGUAGUUCGCUUCAGAUUACUCUAUUAUAAAUAAUCAUAGUCUGAGUUGUGAUUUAAAAUUGUUAUUAUAAGGAUGUGUGUGGAUGUUCUUUGUGUUAGUUUUUUGCAUAUCUUUUGUUUUUAGUGGUCUUUUGAGAACAAAAGAAUGCCUUUAAUGUUUUAUCCCAUUCGCUCUCUGUUCGUUUCACACAAACGCCGCUGGUAAACCCCCUUCUAUUGUUGCUCGCCGUUGUUAUUUGAGUUGGAGACUACCGCCGCCUCCGAUCCGCCCUCUGUCGUCGAUUAACAGAUCAUGGACCCCACAAAAUCUUUGAAAUCAAUCGCAAGUCUAAUUCACAGGGUGUUUCACCUGUUAAAGCCACAUAUUCGUCGAGACGAAGUUGAAAUGCAACAAUUUGUCCUCACUCCAGUCCCAUUUGCUGAUGAAUAUAGCUUAUUUAUAACAGAUUAUGUGGGUUCCCCACGAUUGAGGGAAGCCACCAUCUACUUACCACAUGUUGGAGCAUGUUUAUUUAAGCAAAAAAGGCUUAAAGCUGGCGAUUCUGUUUUGUUUGUCAGAGAUGCAAACAUUUUGAGAUUAGUGGACACAAGAAGGGCAAGGAAACUUUAUUAUUUUUUUUUUUUACUUGGACACCCACUGUUUAGUGUUUACCCGUGUAAGGAGUGAGGUGAUGCCCUACAAAUAAAAACUCACUCUUUUACUUUAUUUGUUUCUCUUUUGCUUUGUUAGGUGUAAUAUUUUUCCAUGUUUUUAAUAAGUUUUGUGGUUUAUGAAUGCUGGUCUUUUUGGAGAAAUGUCGGUUUUUAUCUAAAAGAAAGAAAAACUACACUUUCAUUUUGAGCA